AAUGGAUGUUAAAAAAAGAAAAAUUACAUUAAGUCGAGCUAAUCUAUUAAGAUCUACAAGAAUUUUUAGUAAAAUGGUAUUAUUUAAUUUUUUGAUUUGUAGAAUCCUUUUGUAAAAUUAAUUACAAAAAAAUAAGAAUACCGAUCAUCAAUUAGUAAAGCUGCUGAAAAGUAACCUGUAUGGAAUUACACAUAAAUAAUUGAAGUUGAUGAUGGUGAGGAUAUCAAGUUAUAAAUACUAGAUGUAUAAAUUUAGAUAAAACUAUUAGUUUAAUUCUAGAGCUGAACCAGAAUUAAUAGCUGAAACAAUUCUAAAUAGCAAGGAGUUAUUAGGAUGCAUUCUUAAGAAGGAUGUUAAAUAUAGUAACCAAGUUGUUGGUCAAAUAGAAUUAGAAAUAUAAAACAAGACAAAUAUAUUGGACAAUUAUGUAUAAAGAAUCUAAUAAAUAAAUGAUAAUGGAAUAUAAAAAGACUUAGGUCCUUAAUUUUAGUAUCCAUGA